CUCUCUUCUGUCAUUUUUACUCCGAAGAGAUUUGAACUCGAAACCUCUUGUAUAAUAGAGCAAUAUGGAUAACAGAAUUUGAAGAACAUGCAUGCAUACAUAAUCUUUCUUGAAACUUUUUUUAUUCUUGAGAAGAAAUUGUUGAUCUUGUUGCUCCCUACGUGCGGUUCCUGUGUUCAGAUUCAGUAGGUUAAAAAAUGUUCUUGAACUUGCAAAGAAGUUGCUUCUGUAAAAUUUGUACACACGUUUUAAUGGAGAAGAAGAUAUCUUUCUCCUCCAUUCACACUUGAAGCUAAAGUAUUGCCCAUUUUGUAUUUAAUCUUUUCUUUUCCUUUAGAGAGGUUUAUUAUUUAACCAUGAAAAUUAAAGUUAAACCACCUUCUUCUCUUAAUCAUCUCUUGUUGAUCAGGUUCCUGUUUAAGUAUUGAGAAUUUGUAUGAUGGGUUUUAGUUUUUCUGUUUAAAACUUGUUUGAUGGGUGAGGUCAGUCCAUUCUUGGUGUGGUUCAAAAGCACCAUUAGCAUUAGCAGAAGGUUAGGUGGAAAAUCAUGGCUGCUUCAAUUUUGGUCAAAGCAAUUUUACAUGAGCAUUUGUUUACUAAUUCCUACUUGUUUGACAGGUUGAAAAUGGGCUCCACAGAUGCGACACAGUCGGUUGUUUCCUUAAUUUUCUUGGUCAUUUUAGGCUCAAAUCUCAUUGCAGGGCAAACAUUCUCUUCAAAUUCUUCUAAGCCUGAUACAUAUGUUCGUGAUGUAAACAAUGUGUCACAACCUAUGAUACGGUCAGAUGAUACUGUGAGGUUGGAUCCACUUGAAAAUUUCAAGAAAUAUAAAGGAGGAUAUGAUAUCAAAAACAAACAUUAUUGGAGUUCAACCAUAUUUACAGGAAUUUAUGGAUAUGUCGUUGGGGUAAUCUGGCUUCUGGGUGGCAUAGCAUAUGGAGGCUUUCUGCUUGCAACUGCUUUCUGCUGUAAAACUAGAAGGUAUGGACAGCUGAAGAAAAGAUUACCUUGCCAUAAGCAACGUUACCUCUGGCCUAUUCUGUUGGCUAUAUUUUUCACUGUCCUAGCAAUAACUGCAUCUGGGCUAGUUCUUGGAGGGAAUGCGAAGUUCAAUUCACGAGCUAAAAAUGUGGCGGACAUCAUCAUUGACACGGCGAAUGACGCAUGGAAAACCAUGCACAACACAACAGGAGUAAUGAAAGACAUGAAAGAGAAUUUAGGAGCAUCUAAACAAGGGGCUGCCGCUCGGGCAUCUACCUUCCUUACCACCACAUCAGCGAAACUUGAUGCUGAAGCUGCUGAUAUACAAAGGCGAGCUCGGAAGAAUAGGCACUUGAUAGAUAAGGGUCUCAAGAUAGUUUAUAUAGUAACCACAGUGACAAUUUCCUUGAACGUGGCCGCACUAAUUGCUCUUUCAGCCUGUGGAACUCUGAGGUUACAGCGACCACUUUACAUCAGAUUAAUUGUUGUGUGUUGGAUCCUGACUGUUCUAUGCUGGUUGUUCUUUGGGCUGCAUUUCUUCUUAGAAAACUUUUCAACAGAUUCAUGUGCAGCUCUCAGAAACUUCCAACAGAAUCCUUACAACAACAGCUUGAGUUCAAUCCUUCCCUGCGAUCAAUUGCUCUCAGCAAAAGCAGUGUUAUUUGAUGUCAGUCGAGGGAUCUACAAACUUGUUAAUCAGGUGAAUGCAAACUUAUCAACCAUGCAAGGAGUACCUUAUACAGUUUGCAAUCCCUUCUCAGCACCACCUGAAUACCAAUACCAGCCUGAUAAGUGCCCUGCUAACACAAUCCGAAUCGGUGAGAUCCCACAGGUAUUGAAGGUAUUUACUUGUUCCAGUUUCGACAAUGGAACAUGUGCCAACGGACAAUUCAUAUCGCCUAACUAUUAUAGAACAGUUGGGGCAUACAGCACAUCCAUUCAGAGCCUACUAACUGUGUACCCUGAGAUGGAAAAUCUAGUACAGUGUAAAGCGGUGAAGGAUGCGUUUUCUGAGAUCCUUUUGUACCAUUGCAAACCAUUGAAAAGAUACGUUCGAAUGGUGUGGGCAUCAAUGGUGUUUCUCUCAUUAGUCAUGGUAUUUCUGGUUCUGAUAUGGACAAUGCUGGCUCAACAUGAGCAAGAGCACCACUCUUUAGACGGUUCUGUGAAGCCACGUUUGCCAUCUGUCGCAAAGGAAUUGGAAACUGGAACCAAAGAUAGCUCAGAACAUACUGUUUCAGUCUAGGAAGUAGCAACAUUUUAUCUAGGAUACUACAUUAAAUUCUGGAAGAUCAAUGGUGCAAGCCAACUUUCAAGAACACAAGAUCAAGAAUUCAUGGUACGAUAUUGCUAGGUAGAUUAGAUGCAUACCAACAAAGAAAAUUAGUGCAGAAUUCAUGGUACUUCAAAUUUGAAGGCCUACUGGUUUUUUCACUUCUUUGAUUGAUUAUCAGACCCCAAAUCUGGGGCACAGAUUUGAAAACUUGAUGUACAUCCAAUUUAAUGUAUUAAAAACACUACCUUAAUAUAA